AUGCGUCUCCCAGAAUUUACUUCUGAGGAUGAUCCUAAUAAUAAUAAGUUUAUAUUCAAGUUUGGUUUUGACCCCAAAUCCGAUGAUUACAAAGUUGUUAAGCUUUUAGUAUGUACCCGAGAGCACAAAAUGAUGGAAGUUGAGGUUAUUCGGCCGUUUGAGUGUGAUAACCACGCCAUAGCCGGUGGUCAUGAUGGACAAGUUUAUUGGUUGUGCUGUAACGAUCAUGGUGACCGUGACAUACUUGCAUUUGAUUUGGGUGAUGAGGCAUUCUAUGAGAUAUCUCUUCUGGAUUCUAUAGGCAAAUCUAGAUUUGCUCAAAUGAUGUUGGGCUUCUUCAACAGAAACCUUUGUGUAACUUCAUAUAGAGAUCAUCUUUUUGGUGUUAAAUUUGAUACGUGGGUGAUGAAUGAUGACCAAUCUUCUUGGAUGAAACACUCAUGUUUUACUCGUAAUACAAGCCCUAUGGGAUUCAAUAAUGAAUUCCUAAUUGGUCAUAUAAACCCUCUGAGUGGUGCUUCCGAUCCUUUAGUCUUGUAUGAUCCGGAUACAACCAAGUUUAAAUACUUUGAGGGUUGUUGUCUUGAUGACACAACCCGUAUUGUUCAGUAUGUCGAUAGUCUGGUUUGGAUAACGCCCGCUAAGAAGAUUUGGUAA